CCCGCCCCGGGAGCGCCGGGCGCUGCUGGCGGAGGCUGGGCGCGCGCGGGCAUGGGGGUCACGGUGGAGGUGCGCCAGGUGUACCAGUACCCCUUCGAGCAGGUGGUCGCCAGUUUCCUGCGGAAGUAUCCCAACUCCAUGGAUAAAAAUGUCAUCUCUGUGAAUACUGUGGAGGAAAAGAGAGAUGUGUCCACAGGAAUCAUCUAUAGAAAGAGGAUUGCAAUCUGUCAGAAUGUGAUCCCAGAAAUUUUAAGAAAGGUGAGCAUUCUGAAGGUGCCCAAUAUUCAAUUAGAAGAGGAGUCAUGGCUGAAUCCCAGGGAGAGAAACAUGGCUAUCCAGAGUCACUGCCUCACGUGGACACAAUAUGCAUCUAUGAAGGAGGAGUCUGUUUUCCGGGAAAGCAGAGAAAAUCCAAAUUGGACUGAGUUCAUCCAAAAAGGCAGAAUUUCUAUCACAGGGGCUGGUUUUUUCAACUGCAUUUUGGAAACUUUUGCUAGCACAUUUUUAAGACAGGGAGCACAGAAGGGAAUUCGAAUAAUGGAGAUGCUGCUAAAGGAACAGUGUGGUGCCCCUUUAGUGGAAUAAAAAUUAUCAGAGAUAUAUGUGGUAUAUCUACUUAGGCUCAAGAAUCACUUCCCAGCCACUUACGUUAUAGAUCCAGUUUUGCAAAUACACUUUUAAAGAUGCAGUGUUGGCAGCAUAAAGGAAAGGAGGAACCCUUGUGCCAGGACUGAAAUAAGAAACUACCUUGGAUUGUGCCUCAAACAGCAG